CGCCGCCCGACGCCCCCCAUGGCUUCCCCCGAUCUCGAGGCCGCCACUGCCCUCAAGGUGCAGGGGAAUAAGGCCUUCGCUGAACAUGAGUGGCCUACUGCUAUAGAUUUCUACACGAGAGCCAUUGAGAAGUAUGAUAAGGAGCCGUCGUUCUUUAGUAACCGUGCUCAGGCACAUAUCAAGCUCGAGGCGUAUGGAUUUGCGAUCGCUGAUGCCUCCAAGGCACUGGAGCUUGACUCCAACUAUGUCAAGGUUCGUUGGAUGCUGCUGCUGCUGCUGCUGCUGCUGCUGCUUGUUGGUGUUGUUCGCCUCUCUGACUUAUUCACCCUACCGUCGAUAGGCCUACUGGCGCCGAGCCCUUGCGAACUCCGCUAUUCUGCACUACAAGGAAGCC